AUGGAAAAGGCGUAUUUCGACUGCGAAGGCAAGACUGAGGAAUGGGAGAUCACGUCUAUGUUGACGAUUGUUGCCCACGAGUUUAUGCACGCAUUCGACGUGGAAGGUAUAACGUUCGACGAAGCGUACAAGCCCUGGGGCUCGACCGAUAUCAUAAAGGAAUACACCAAAAGGGCGAUGUGCUUGCGGCAGUCACACAGAUCUGCGCUAUCAUUCACCGCCCGCCAGGAAGUGUUGAAUGACACGGCCGACUCCGAGAACCUGGCGGAUUUGGUGGGCACCGUGACUGCAUACUCGGCCUUCGCUUCGUUGUCCGCAUCACACGGCACACUAGCGGGGCUCGGCAUGUCGGCGGAGCGCCUCUUCUUCGUCAACCACUGUGUGAAAAGGUGCCAUCAGAAAAGCAGGUUAACGGCCCGCUAUGCACCAUACCGAUCCCGCUGCAUAGUGCCCCUGAUGAACAUGCCCGAGUUCUCGAGGGCCUAUGGCUGCAGCGCAGGUGAACCCAUGAAUCCACGAAAGAAGUGCAGCUUCUGGAGUUGA